AUGGACAUGCUUUCACGUGCUAUUCAACAUGACCAUAGUUAUGGUUUCAAGAUCUUCAUGAUAACAUUAGUUUUGAAGAGCUCCAUUGAAGAAAAACCAGAAUAUGUCCUCCCCAACUUUGCAAGGGUAAAUUUUGUUCCACUUGACAUUGAAGCACUUUAUGCCAUGCUUGAGAAUCCAAUGGAAGAAGAUCACACUCCUGUGAGUAAUGUUUUAUCUGGAGAGGCUAUUCAGGCUGUUGAAGGGAGCAAUGAUACAAAACUGAAGGAAGUUAAAGUUGAGCCAGAUGUUGGAGAUAUUGAUGUUGUAGAUUCUUCUAAGCUCAAUUGUGCAGGUGGAUUUUUGCAGAAUCACAUCUGGUGGGAGAAAAAGAUAUCUAAAUCCCAGAAGAAAGGCAAUCAAGUUAUGCAAUUUCUAGCAGAAGUGAUCCAAAAGGCUCUUCGUCCGGAUCAAACAUCGUGCAUUUUGUUUGAUCUCGAGACGUAUGACGAUUAUCAAUGUACAAUCAUGAAAUCAAAAAGGCCUUAUGUGGAAAUGUAUAUUGGACAAGAAUGGAAAAAAGGUGCGGCCUUGGCAAGACGGAAAAGGAAGCAAAUUAUGAAAGAUAAAAGAUCGAAAAGGAACAGAUCUAAUGAAAAUACAAACAACUGCAACAUAUCUUUUACCAACAUCAGUAAUCCUGCUAACAUUCAUGUCAGAACACCUCUAUCCAAUAUCACCUCUGCAGUUUUGAAUGAUAGGAACCAUAAUUGCAAUGCAAAUCCAAUUGGAACGGUUAUGUCAAAUGCACAUAGAAUCAACGUGGGUGUGAGUCAUGUUGUGUCAUCAAAUCUUUUUAGGCAAUUCGGUGUUGAGAAUCGGUAUUAUGCCUCUUCACCAAUAUCUACUCUCAAGACACCAACAUCUGCAUUAGGCAGCUCCAAAUCAUCCAUUACUCUUGAUCAUUGCUCCCCACAACAUCUUGCUGCGUCUGCAAGGCAGAGAAGGAAGACAAUUAUGCAACAAAAGGCUAAUGUGUCAAAUAUACUGCGCAGCAAUAUUGUUAACAACUCUGAUGGUGAUGUGUUGAACACUUCUCCACUCACUUUGAAUUCAAAUACUGCCCCAAGUGGUAUAACCUCCUCAUUGUCUAAUCAAAGGUACAAAAGUAUACAUCCACAAACAAGUGGAAUUGUUUAUUCAUCUAAAAUACAGUUGAAUGUGGGUUGCAUUCAGUCGGUGACAACCAAUCUUUUCAAUACCUUUUCAAACAUUGAUUAUGGAGGUGCCUCUUCAUCCACAAGUCAUUUACCAUCUACUACACAUGCAAACAUUUCUAUGGCAGAUGCUAACAUUUCUUCAACAAAUGCUAACAUUGAAUGUGAUGAGUCUGAUGAAGAAUGUUUAACCGAUGAAUAUUUCAGCGAUAGUUCAUGCGAAUUCAUAAAGGAUAACGCUGAGGAUGACAUAUCUUCAUGUUCAGAUGACGAUCAAUACUAUGAUCCUAAUUCUAUACAAGUGAAUGAACCAAAUUCUGGUUAUUCAGACAUCGGUGAUCCUGCAAUUGAAUGUGCACAUUGCGGAGCACUUAUGUGGUAUCAAGAAAAGUUGGACAAACGAAAACAUAGUGCAGCUCCAAAGUUUAGUUUAUGUUGUGGAAAUGGGAAAAUUGUGUUACCACUUUUGAAACCACCACCACCAUUACUCAAACAUUUGUUGUUUGAUAAUAAUGAUGUAGACUGUCAAAAUUACCAGCAGCAUUGCAGAUUAUACAACAUUAUGUUUGCCUUUACUUCUCCUGGAAUGAAGUUUGACAAUAGAUUCCAAACCGGUAGAGGACCACCUAACAUAAGAAUACAAGGACAGUCUUGCCAUAGAAUUGGCAGCAUGAUACCUUUGCCUGGACAAUCACCGAAGUUUGCGCAGCUCUAUAUUUACGACACUGACAAUGAGAUUCAACAUAGAAUUAAAGGAAUAGGUAACAAUCCCAAUAUUGUUAUAGGAACUGUCAACAAAUUGAAAGCUAUGAUGGAUGAGUUCAACACACAUGCUAAAUCAUUUAGAAUGGCUGCAGAUAGAUUAAAGGAUUCUCCUGUGGCUGAUCUAAAGUUGAAGUUAAUAGCUGAUAGGAAAAAGGAUGGAAGAACAUACAACCAACCAACUGUUUCUGAGGUCGCUGCACUUAUCGUUGGUGAUGUUGAUAUAGGCUCUAAAAGGGAUAUUAUUCUUGAAAGACAGAGCGGAAGAUUGAAAAGAAUAAGUGAGUUUCAUCCAAGUUAUCUUGCGUUACAAUAUCCACUUUUGUUUCCAUACGGGGAAGAUGGUUUUAGACUUGAUGUUCUACACAGAGAAACAAAUGCAAGAAAAAAAGGUAAGCAAAAUAAGCUUACCAUUAGAGAAUGGCUUGCUUUUAGGAUUCAAACCCGUCAACAUGAAGCUCAUACACUUUUGAGGUCAAGGAGGCUGUUUCAACAAUUUUUGGUCGAUGGAUUUACUAUGAUGGAGUCCCAAAGAUUGAAUUAUAUCCGCAAGCAUCAAAAAAAACUGCGAGUGUCAAAGUACUCCAAUUUGUCACGUCCCGAAGAAACGGAAAACACUCAAGGUGCAGACAAAGGUAAGAGAGUAGUUUUACCUUCAACGUAUGUUGGAAGUCGGAGAUACAUGGAACAAUUGUAUUUUGAUGGGAUGGCAAUAUGCAGUCAUAUUGGUUUUCCGGAUCUUUUUAUCACUUUUACCUGUAAUCCAAAUUGGCCAGAAAUUGGAAGGUUACUUAAAAAAAUUAAUCUGCAACCUCAUGAUCGUCCAGAUAUUAUAUCAAGGGUGUUUAAAAUCAAGUUAGAUGAGCUAUUGUCAGAUCUAACAAAGAAGCAUGUCUUAGGUAGAGUGGUUGCAUAUAUAUACACAAUUGAGUUCCAAAAGCGGGGAUUACCACAUGCACAUAUUCUACUCUUCAUGCAUCCCUCGAGCAAGUAUCCCACUCCAGAUGACAUAAACAAUAUAAUUUCAGCAGAGAUACCAUCUGAAGAUAAUGAUAGACAGUUGUAUCAUUUGGUCAAGACACAUAUGAUUCAUGGGCCAUGUGGUUUAAAUCAAACAGUUGUUGAUCAUGAUGGCUAUCCUAUGUACAGAAGAAGGGAAACUGGAAUUACAGUGAUGAAGAAGAAUGUGGUUCUCGAUAACAGGUACGUUGUUCCUUAUAACCCAUUUCUGUUGAAGAAAUUUCAGGCUCACAUCAAUAUGGAGUGGUGUAACCAGGGUACUUCGGUUAAGUAUUUAUUCAAGUAUAUUAACAAGGGGUGUGACAGAAUUACCGCAACUAUUGUCGAUAAUGACACAGACGGAAAUUCUAUUAUUAGAAAUGUUGACGAAAUCAAGCAAUAUCUUGAUUGUCGAUAUGUAUCCCCAAGUGAAGCGUGUUGGAGGAUCUUUUCAUUUCCUAUUCAUGGCAGAUCUCCUGCAGUUGAAAGGUUAUAUUUUCAUCUUGAGGGCGAAAAUCCGGUUUACUAUACUGAUCACGAACUUAUAGAUGAAGUUCUCGACAAACCGAGUGUGAAAGAAUCAAUGUUUACCGCUUGGAUGGAAGCAAACAAGACAUAUUCAGAGGCGAGAAAUCUGACAUACUCUAAUUUUCUGACCAAGUUUGUUUAUGAUAAAAGAUACCGACGAUGGAGACCACGUAAGAGAGGCCAUACAAUUGGAAGAUUAAUUUGGGUUCCUCCAAGUACCGGUGAGCUGUAUUACCUAAGAAUGAUGCUUACAGUUGUCAAGGGGCCGACAUGUUAUGAGGAUAUUAAAAAAGUGGGUGGAAUAAUUCGGGAUAGUUUUCGGGACGCAUGCUUCGAAAUGGGCUUUCUUAAUGAUGACAAGGAGUAUGUUGCAGCCAUAAAUGAGGCGAAGGAUUGGGGUUCUGGACAUUUUCUGAGAAAGUUAUUUGUCACAAUGCUACUGUCCGGAACAAUUAACAGACCACGUCAUGUUUGGGAAAAAACUUGGAGGACGUUAUCCGAUGGUAUUCUUUAUCAACAAAGACAAGCAACAAAUAGAAGAGAUAUGCAGUUGUCAAUAACUGAGUUGAAGAAUUUGACACUCAUUGAGAUUGAAAAUAUGUUGCAAUCAAAUAGAAGAAGUUUGCAUGAAUUUAAAGACAUGCCAUAUCCAGAUUCAUAUGUCACACGACACGUGGGAAAUAGACUGAUUUGGGACGAACGUAGUUACAAUAUCCACACAGAACAACAAAAUUUCCAGAAUCUGUUUCGCGCUCUUACAGACGAACAACGUUCAAUAUUUGAUACAAUUAUGAAAGCUGUAGAGAAGCAGAGAGGAGGGGUAUUUUUCCUACAUGGUUAUGGAGGGACCGGUAAAACUUUCAUGUGGAGAACAUUGUCAAGUGCACUCCGGUCACAACAAAAAAUUGUCCUUACCGUUGCUUCAAGUGGCAUAGCUUCUUUAUUAUUGCCAGGUGGAAGAACUGCUCAUUCUAAGUUUAAAAUACCAGUCCCAACACUUGACAACUCCACUUGCAAUGUUGACAAGAACGACGAAUAUUCCCAGUUAUUCGAAGCAACCGAUGUAAUAAUAUGGGAUGAAGCACCUAUGUCUCAUAAGAACUGCUUUGAGGCAUUGGAUAAGACACUCAAAGAUGUCAUGACCAAAUACGGUCUUGCAAAAACAAUCUUUGGUGGGAAAGUUGUUGUUUUUGGAGGAGAUUUUCGUCAGAUACUUCCUGUUGUUCCAAGAGCGGGGCGUUCUGAUAUUGUCCAUGCAUCCAUAUGCUUAUCAUAUGUGUGGGACUAUUGUCAAGUGCUAACACUGACAAAGAAUAUGAGGCUGCAGCAGGGAAGAGAUGAUACAAGUUCUACUGAACUAGCAGAAUUUUCAAAAUGGAUCUUAAAUGUUGGGGAUGGUAAGCUAUGUGAACCAAAUGAUGGCUUGGUUGAUAUUGAAAUUCCUCAAGACUUAUUGAUAUCCAAUUUUGAUGAUCCUAUAAAAGCUAUUGUUGAAAGCACAUACCCCGAUUUGGUUCACAAUUUUCAAGAUGUUGGAUACUUACAAGGAAAAGCUAUUCUUGCAUCAACCAUUGAAGUUGUGGAUAAAAUCAAUCAAUAUGUACUAGACAUGAUACCAGGUGAAGAAAAAGAGUAUCUAAGCUUUGAUACAAUUGAUAGAACCAACACAAGUUAUACUGAAGCUUAUGAAGUUCUAACUCCAGAAUUUCUUAGUAAACUAAGAACAUCCGGCCUUCCAAAUCAUAGGAUCAAAUUGAAAGUCGGUACCCCUAUCAUGCUAAUGAGAAAUUUGGAUCAAACAGAUGGAUUGUGCAAUGGAACAAGGUUAAUUGUUACAAGGUUAGCAAAUCACGUCAUUGAGGCUAAGAUUAUGUCAGGAAAGAACAUAGGUAACAUCUUUUACAUUCCUCGAAUGUCUAUGUCACCAUCUGAGUCACCGUGGCCAUUUAAGUUGAUUAGGAGACAAUUUCCAAUCAUUGUCUCUUAUGCAAUGACAAUUAAUAAGUCUCAAGGUCAAUCGCUUGAUAAUGUCGGGUUGUAUUUGCCUACACCAGUUUUUAGUCAUGGUCAAUUGUAUGUUGCAAUUUCAAGAGUUACAACCAAAAAUGGUCUUAAAAUCUUAAUACAUGACAAGGACAAUGCACCGUGUUCGACCACUACGAAUGUGGUAUACAAGGAAGUCUUCCAAGCCCUUUGUUAG